AUGGUCAAUGUCAGCUGGAACGAACGUCUGGACAAGCAGCUCACCGCAAUGGUGAGGAUGAAGCAGGCGUACAAAGACAUCGCCGAUGUUCUGAACGCUGGAAAUCCGGACCUGGAACUCACGGAGAAGGACUGCAGGGAUCGUUAUGACAAUCACUUGUGGACGUCUUCGCACUCGACGUUUACCACUGGUCAGCAGGAAAUCUUGAGGAACUUCUUGAAGACGGCUCAGUCGGCGAUCCAGGGAAAGACAGCUACGGAGAUAGCUACCGAGUUCAAGAGGUUGGCUGAGACCGGUCAGCAAGACGAACAUAAGGUUAAGAAUGAAGAUAAUGUCAAAGAGGAGCAUGGUGCUGGCCAAGCGAAGGGCGGGAAACGCAGCAAUGGAGGAAAAGAUAUGGAGUCUGCAGCAGCUGUGAAGAAAGCCAAGAAAGGUGCUAUCACUAAUGCCGGCCACGCAACCCCAACUCCUCCGGUCUCCCCGCCUUCGGCGAAGCGUGGCAAGGCCGCGCCCGGAACAACGCGCAAAAAGCCCGCUGUGUCUAUUCAAAGGCCUUCAACGGCGACUGCAAAGAAGAAUGCCCCGACUAUACGCGAUGAAAGUGAUGAGAACUCUGUCACCCACACCAAAGAGUCAGAGGAGGAAGAUGAGGCCGCGAAGAAAAGUACAGUCGUGAAGCAGGUGGUGACGAAACCGAAACCAACCACGACGAAGCCAACGGCCAAGUCUGCUCAGUCCGAUAUGACCAAGUCUAUCGCGAAAGCGCCGGCGAAGACAUCCGCCAAAACUCCUUUGGCCACCAAGAAGAGGAGCAAGGAGCAUUAUACGGAUGAGGACAGUUACUCGGACGACAGCGUCGGAGCCAAGCCGCAACCAAAGAAGCCUAAAGGACCCGCAGCCAAGCCUUUGUUAGCAAGUGGUGAACCGAAAGGCAAGCAGGUCAAAACACCGACGUCAGCGGGGAAGACUGCGCCGGCUAAGAAACCUGUUGAGAAGCCCGUCACCAAACCCUCCAACGGCGGCCCCUUCAACUUGACGUCCUCAAUGGAGCAAGUUGAAGCCAAGGUUAUGGCGUUUCAGCAAGAACGGCUCGACAAGCAGAAGGCAUCCUCUACUGUUCCGGAGCAGAGGGAGAGGACGGAGACAAUUGGCAGGAGGUCAGUGACUGUCGCAAUUAGCCCUGAGCCUGUUGGUGGGGAUUAUGCUCAGUUAGCGAAGGUUGCGGAGAAGCACGGGGAUGACGAUGAAUCCGUUGAAGAAAGUCAUGAUGAGGAAGAGGAGGUUGGAGGAGAGGGUCGUGAAGGCGGCUCUCCAAAAGCUUCCGCUUCCUUCCAAAUCUGCUUGACUUCAGCCGCAGGCGACACCUCAGAAGACAAGAAACCAGUGAGGAAGACUCGACCCUUCCUCGGCUACGAAUCCGAUUCAGACGGCGAACCCGUCUACCAAAAACGUCCAGGCUACCGUGCCCAACAAGCCCAAGAGCAAUGGGACGCAUUCGCCGGAAAAGACGUGGACCACUUCUCCCAGAUCUUCAAGACCGAGGACGGCGAUCAGGUUGUCGGAACUUACACCGUCGGAGAUUUCGUGCUCAUUCACACUUAUGGUCCGGCAACCAACAAGACGUUGGAGGUCUGCGAGAUCAAAGGGAUCAGGCAUAAGAGUGGGAAGGUUUAUCAAUUGCGGGUGAAUAUCUGUGCCCAGGUGUCUGAGCGGCGUGAGGUCGAUGAGGAGAAGGAGUGGUGGCGGGGAAGUGGGGAGCAUCUUUUGACGAAGGAUGAAUAUUUCUUUCACUGUUCGCGUCUCGAUAAUGACGAGGUCCGCCCGUUCUUUAUCCAAGAUGUGAGAACGGGUCUGUGGGUGCCGCAUGGCCCCGACGACGAAGAUUUUGAUCCCGUCAGUCAACAUUACUACGCUCGCCAACUCCUCCACCCCGAUGGACAUCUCGAACCGCCCACAGCCGGGCUUCCGAAGAGCAAAUGCGUUUGUGCCGAACCAGAUUGUAUUGAUGUAGAUAUGUACAAGUGUAUGAGUACGGGUUGUGAUAAGGUUUACCAUGUGCAUUGUUUACCGAAGAAUGAGGAGGGGUUGAAUGAGUGUACGGGUUGUCACCAAAUGGAAACGUUGCAGGUUAUGCCGAUCGGGGAGGGAGAGGGGAUGAGGCAGCUGACGAAAGCUAUGACUCCGCCGUCGGCUUAA